AGCAGUCAGCCGGCCCUGGCUGGCUUGAUCCUGUCUGGUUUCCUCUACGCUACACACGAAGGCACACGGCGCGCAUUCCACCGGCGGAUUUUUAUUCUUUCACCUCCCCGACACAGGUUUAACCCGCGUUACCGAUAAGGAGAGAUCGCGCAGGUUACCGCCCGAGUCUCCCCAGAGCUUAUGGCCAGAGAAGCCUCCCUCAUUUCUGCCUUGGGUCCCCACACCACUCUUUAAAAAUUCCGCCAAAAAAGAGAAGACGAUUCCCCAAGUCCUUUGGGCCGUUACCUCACGGCGGAUUUUCUCUCAAAGCGUACAACUAUCCAGAGGGACUAGGAAAGGCGCUCUAUAGAGAGCAGUUCGACUUCAACGCGGAGCCGCCUUGGCAGCCUAGCUGAUGAUAGGAGGUUCCAUCUCCUAACUUGUCCAUUUUGUUGCAUAUUUUAAGGAUACAAAAAGAUAUAUUGACCCCUUAUUCGGCGUUUAUUGGUUUAUGAUUGUUGGAUUUGCGGAAUACGGCUGAGAUGAAAGGAUUUAUUGAAGAUACAAAUUACUCCAUCGGCCUAUUGGAUGACACGGCAACUCCUAGAGAUGUUAUUGAUAACUAUAUUUAUGAGCACACCCUGAUGGGAAAAAAUGCAUUCUUUGUGGCUGACCUUGGGAAGAUUGUGAAGAAACACUUCAAGUGGAAGAAUAUCAUGGGGCGCGUAAACCCUUUUUAUACUGUGAGAUGCAACUCUUCUCCAGCUGUAUUGGAGAUUUUAGCAGCUCUUAGCAUGGGAUUUGCGUGCGCCAAUAAAAAUGAAAUGUCAUUGGUUUAUGACUUGGGUAUCCCAAUGGAGAAUGCAGUAUAUACUAAUCCAUGCAAGCAGGCUUCUCAAAUCAAGCAUGCAGCCAAGAUUGGAGUAAAUCUCAUGACAUGUGACAGUGAAACGGAAUUAAAGAAAAUUGCACGUAAUCAUUUUAAUGCAAAGAGUUUCUCACUAAGUUCUUGACUCUUCCAAGGAUGGCGUUCAAGCUCUGGCACCCUAAUCAACAUACUUCUGCAAAAACGUCAUGUGCUGAUGUAAACCAACUGUGCCCCAAUCAUCUUCCCCUUCUCUUAGGCUCUUGCUUCAUAUUGCCACAGAAGGCAUCAGUGGUGAGGAAGACAUGAACAUGACGUUUGGCACUACACUGAAGAACUGCAGGCAUCUCUUGGAGUGUGCUAAGGAGCUCAGUGUUGAGGUGGUGGGUGUGAAAUUUCAUGUUUCAAGUUCUAAUAAUCCACAAACCUAUAUUCAUGCAUUAUCUGAUGCCCGCUGUGUGUUCGACAUGGCAGAAGAACUUGGCUUUAAGAUGAACAUUUUGGACAUUGGAGGAAUUUCAGAAAACGAGGCGCAGUUGGAAGAACUGUAUCAGGCAGUCAGCCCUCUUCUGGAUGUGUAUUUCCCUGAAGGGUCUGGGACAAGAAUCAUAGCAGAACCUGGAAGCUUUUAUGUCUCAUCUGCAUUUACACUUGCAGUUAAUGUUAUGGCAAAGAAUGUAAUUGAACACGAUCAACAUCUUCCUUCUGCAGGUAAACAGAUCAGCAACAAACCAGCUUUUAUUUAUUGCAUGAAUGAAGGUGUUUAUGGUUCUUUUGCAAGAAAAUUGUCGGAGAAACUAAAUACAGCCCCUGAAGUGCACAAGAAAUACAAAGACGAUGAGCCACUUUUUGCUAGCAGCCUUUUGGGUCCAUCCUAUGAUGAGCUUGAUGUCAUUGUGGAGCACUGCCUCCUGCCUGAGCUUGAAGUUGGAGACUGGGUAGUGUUUGAGAACAUGGGAUGUGGCAGUCUGAAUGAGCAGUCGCCUUUUGCAGACUUUGAGAAACCGUCCUUGUACAACUUCAUGUCAUUCAGUGACUGGUAUGAGAUUCAAGAUACCGGGAAUACGUCAGAGAGCCUGAUGAAGAGCCUGUGCGUGCCUUGUUUCCACUUGGGUGAAGACCAAUUCUGCACAGUUUAAUGACAUUACUUCUGCUCACUUUAGACUUACAGGCGCAAGUACUUACCUUGCCUGGUCGACAUUCCGGAGUUGAAGCAAAAGUGGAUCUUGAGUUUAACCUGUUAAAAACUUGAAUUUAAGUAGGGCAGAUUGGGACCAGGCAAAAAGCAGAUUCAAAUAAAUCUAGGGGCAAAAAUUGGCUAUAACGUCCUGAUUUAAACCUGCCAGCCUCUCCACCCCUGAGCAGUUUAAUAAAAUAUGCAACAAAAUGGAUGACUUAGUUGAGAUGGAAGCCAUUACCUGGGCUCCUUGUAACAGUUUACAUAAGUACACACAGUUUUUAUACUAAGGAUUCCUGUUAGACAGUCGUGUAAAUUUAUUGUCCAAUGUCAGUGAAAGAUCAGUGUGUGAUUUAGUGUUCCAAAUUUGUACAUUUGUGCUUCAACCGCUAGAUUAAUAAAUGUAAAUUGCAUCAUGUUUUUUUUUGUUUUGUUUUUUUUUUAACUUUUUUUUCUUGAACUGGCAAAAAGCUUGUAUGAUUGCAAUAAACUUUUGUGUAGAAGCGA